AUGAAGCUUCUCGUUAAUAAAAAGCCAAGUGUAAAAUACGGUUCUGCUCUAAAAAGAACAUUGUCAAUUUCGAAGAAAUUCGAUCAGGUUAGGAUAAGAAAAUAAGCUAAACAGAGAUUAUAAUGUGGAAGCAACAUGAUAUUACAGAUGCCAGUGAAAAGUAUGAUUGAUGCAAACAAAGCAAGAGUAUAGUAUUUCUCCAUCCAAAAAUCUCAUUCCUGUGGUCAAAGACCACAGGAAUGAGAUGGCUAGGAUUGAGCAAAAAGACUUCCUAUGGAUUGCUGAACAUCUACUAUCAACUCAUGAUCGAAUUCAUGGGUGAGAAAUCUUGAUUCCUGAGACAUAUUUCUUUACAAAAGGUGCAUCUAAAUUAAUGAUCAAGAGUGACAAAAAUAACUUUUUAACAUCUGUGAAAGUUCCUGAAAAGUUAGAUCUCACUGAAAUUAGGAAGGAUUUACCUCAAUUUACAAGGAAUCGAAUGACUGCUGCUAAAUAUUCGAAUGAUGUUAAUUUUGACAGAAGUAAGCGGAAUAAAAAUAGGGAUUUAGAGCUUACAUCUAAAUAAACCAGUCGAUGAAGACACGAAGCUCUACCCUCAUGACUAUGCAAGAGUUGUUUACAUCCCUCAAAAGGGGAAGGAUCCUCAGAUUCAGCUCCUCGGAGAAAAAUCCCUUGUUAAGAUGUUUCAAAUUAGGAAAAAGGCAAAUUUUUGGCAAACUGUUAUGAUCAUGCAGAGUAUUGUUCCUUAUGAAAUCAACUCAAAAAGGAGAUGUUAUAAGUACGCCUUCAGGAUAAUUCAUGAGGAAGCGAUCAAGAGGCUUGACAAGAUACAAUUCAGGUGUUAUAACAUCUUUGUGAAAAUCUGUUUUUACUUAGACACAAUGUAUAACUAUGAAAUUGAAGAAGCUGAAAUGGAGUUCUUACUGGAUGAUGAAGACCAGCUCUGGGUCAUUGAUAUUCCCAAAACAAUGAUCCGUUAUAAAGAGGGAUAUGAAGAGUCUACUGCAGUGAAUGGAGUCACUUACUGACAUCCAGCCAGGAAGGAUCCAGAGCAAAUGAUGAAUAAGAAGGAUGAAACACUUCAAUAUGAAUAUCAGGAUUUCAUGAAGACCACAAGUGAAAUUGAAAAGAGAAUUGAUAAUAUGGAGCACCCUGAACAAAGAGAGAAACCCCAGACUUCACCAUUUGAAAAAUAAAUACAGAGCUAUUUUUGGAAUAAUGAUGGACCAGUACAAAAAUUUGAAGAGCAAAUAUGGAUUCGAUGAAGAAUCCGACACAGAUAAGACUCAGCCAUCAAUGAGUAAACUCUCUUUUUCUCCAUCUAAGAAAAUGAAAGGAAUAAAAUUUAAAAAUUUUAAAACUAAGAAAGCUUCAAUGAGCAACAAGAAGAGGAUCAAAAUAAAACCACUUAUGGAUAGUUUAGUAAAUUGGGGAGCCAAUCGUCCAAACUCAUCGUUGAAUUCUAGGUUUGAUCUCAGAAAAAUGACUUCAUUUAAUUCUAGAAAAAGAAGUAUAGAGACUCCAAGUACAAGGCUAGGAACUAUAAUUCCACAUUUUAGAGAGAACAAUCUAUGGACUCCUUUCAACAAGAAACGGAAUUCCUUACAAUUUAACUGUCAAAGAAGUGGCUGCUUCGGGAAGAAGAGGAGCCAUGCAGCUCCUUCUCUUCAGAUCAGCAACUUCCCUGUCAAGCACUUUAAUAUAUACUCAUAAAGGCUUCAACAGACC